AUGUCACCACCUGACGAGCUGCUACGACAAGAUGCUGAAAAGAAACUGCUGCAAGAACCAAUGCUGAAAGAGGAGGAGGAAGCUGAAGGAUCACUCAAGGCCACGGAUGCCAUUACUGACGAGCUGGAAGAUGAUGAAGACUACGACCCAACCAAAAAAUAUGAUAAUAUCGAGGAGGAGAGCGCAGAUGAAGACGAUGACGAAGAUGGUGGCUUGAAAGCAGAUCAACAGGAAAUUCCUGACUACUCCAAAGUGACAUCAAAUAUUUCACAAGUCAAAACGCGAUCGCAACGACUACAUGAAAAGGAAGUGAAAAGAUCCAAGUAUAUUGGCAAGUUCCAAACGGAUACAAGCGGGUUGGUUAAAGAUACGUGCUCACUAGAUAUUGAGUCCAUCUUUGCAGAAUUGAAACAGGGGAAAAUCACCCCCGAAGUUGAAACUCAGGAUUCAGAACAAGCCCCUAGCGUUAGCGUCAGCAACAACAGCAGCAGCAACGCAGGGGUGCAGCCCGCCAACCAGGAUAAAUCUGACAAAAAAGUUCAAAUUCAAAUCCACUAUUCUUUUGCCGGCAAGUUGAUCACUGAAUCGAAAGAAGUUGAUGAAGAUUCCGAAGAGGCCAAGGCCUACCUCAACUCUACAAGCUCCAUCACUUCCAAUUCCAAUGAUGUGCCCAAUAAGCGAUCUCAAGUGGAAAUCACCAGGACUGACCCGCAUACGCAGCAGCCACUUCAACUCCGCAUAAAGCUAAAAAGGCCAUCGCUCAUUGACAAGAUGUUGCAGUUAUCUUCGAAAAAACUGAAACUAUCCACGUUGGAGAAAUCUCGAUUGGAUUGGGCUAGUUUUAUCGAUAAAAGGAAAAUAGGAGACGAACUCAAGAAACAUAACAAGGCUGGUUAUUUGGACAAACAAGACUUUUUGGGCAGAAUGGACCUUAAAAAGGAUGAAAUUUACCUAAAGGCAAAGCAAGACGACAGAAGAAGACAAUUCCAACUUCAAAACAAGUAG